GCGCGGCUUAAGCAGCGAUGGCCUCACAAUUGACAAGCGGGGUUCCGGCAGCAAGCAGCUCAGGCUGCUCGGGUGGGCCACGCCACUCUAGAGGCUCCCGAAGUCCAGUCCCGCGGCUCGCGCUUCCUGGCAGCCGGCUGCCUUUGCCAGGCGCCAGCAGCAGAGCGCGCCAGGGGCAGCAGGGCUGCCCCCGCCUGCUACCGCCCGCGCCGCUGCCGGCCCGUCGGUCGGCGGUUGCCGCCGCUACGGGUCAGGACGGUGCCGAGCGCCCCAACGGCGGCAGCCUCCCUGGGCAGGCAGACUUCAAGCCGGGCACGCUGCUGGGCGGCAAGUAUGCGGUGGUGGAGCUGCUGGGGCGCGGCGGCAACGGCGUGACAUACCGGUGCACUAAUACCGCCGACGGGAGUGACGUUGCGGUCAAGUGCCUGUCGCUGCGCACGCUCAAAGACUGGAAGCAGCUGGAGAUGUUCGAGCGGGAGGCCCAGAUCCUCAAGAACCUGGAUCACAGGGGUAUCCCACGGUACCUGGACUACUUUGAGCAGGACACGGAGCAGGACCGUGCUUUCUUCCUGGUCCAGGAGGUGGCUCAGGGCAAGUCCCUGGCAGACAUGGUGGCCUCCGGCUGGAGGGCCGACGAGGCGGAGGUGACCCGCAUCGCUGUGGAGCUGCUGGGGGUGCUGGAGUAUCUGGGCAGCCGCAGGCCGCCCGUGAUCCACAGGGACGUGAAGCCCGACAACAUUGUGAUCGAGGGCGGCAAGACAGGCGGGCGCGUCUUCCUGGUCGACUUUGGCGGCGUGCAGGCGGCGGCGGCGGCGGGCGACAGCCUGGGCAGCACCAUUGUGGGCACUUACGGCUACAUGGCACCCGAGCAGUUCCGCGGGGCCGCCUCGCCGGCCUCGGAUCUGUACGGCCUGGGCGGUACGCUGCUGUACCUGCUGUCGGGGCGCCCGCCCUCUGCCUUCCCAGUGGACCGCAUGCGUACAGACUUCAGUGCGGUGAAGAUGGGUGCCCGCCUGGAGGCGGUGGUGGACGGCCUGUUGGAGCCUGUCCCAGAGGACCGGCUUCCGGCGGAGGAUGCUCUGGCGCUGCUCACCGGCAAGCCGCGGCGCGCCAGGAGCGGCCAGCAGGAAGCGUAUGCGCUGGCGCCCGCCGACGCCUACAGCUCCCCAGACGCGGCGGUGGCGCGCCGCCGGCCCGCAGGCAGCAAGAUUGAGGUGAAGAAGCGCGGGCCGCGCCUCGAAAUAGACAUCCCGCCGGCCGGCUUCAGCGGCGACUCGAUCGCCACCGGCGCCUUUGCCAUCGCCUGGAACUCCUUUGUCGCCUUCUGGACCAUCUCCGCCGUUGCCGGGGGCGGCCUCAUCUUCGGCCUCUUCUCGCUGCCCUUCUGGGCCGCCGGCUACCAGCUGGCCAAGCAGGCCUUUGGCCGCCAGUUCAUUCGGGAGCGGCUUGUGGUC